AUGGCAGACACUCAUCCACUUAUGUUUACAGGGCAGGGGGCCUUUUAACCCCGCAGAAGCAAUGAUUAUGAUAGGGGUGACUAAGCCUAAAUCGAAAAUACUCAUGCACUCAAGAAUGAUUUAGGCCCUAGAUGGAGCAGCGAGGAAAUAUAACUCUUCUUCGAAACUUUUAAACGGAGCGGAAAGGAUUGGUAAAAUAUUCUAAAUGAAUUUCACAUGUAAGGCUUCACUCAUCGAACUAGAGAUCAAAUCAAAUCACUCUAUUCAAAGCACAAGACUUAUCUUAAACUACCCUCUGCAUCAGCAAAAGACUUGACUGCGAUAAUGACAGACUACUACAAAAGCCUCAAUUUAGAGAAAUAGAGGUAAAUGCAGUAGAAGCAGAAUAUGAAGCAAGCGCAAGAACAAAUUGGGCUUGUUAAGGAAGAUUUUAUUUGUAAUGAAAACAUCAAGCAAGUGAAAUUACCAAGAAGAUCAAGUGGCAUCGCAGUAAGACCUGGUUAUUCUAGUAGCAGUGAAAGCUAAGAUAUUGAAGAAAAUAAAAGUAGCGAACCAGAAAACUAUCAAGACAAUAUCCCAUCGAGAUAGCAAAGUUACUAAAAUUUCAUACCGAUCGGGAGAAAUCCAAACUAGGGCGGCGGAGUUUUCAGACCUUAAAUAAGCCAUAGAAACGAAAGAUUUCCAAAUUAAGCGCCAGAAAUGUAUGAUCAUGAGAUGGGUAGUAACUAAUAUGACAAUUAUGAUGAUAAUGGAUCUCAGAUAAACACACCAUCAAGAAUGAAAAAGAAGACAAUAUAUCCAACAGGCCUUCCUUAGAGGAGACUAUUUUCAUAAAAUGCAAGUCCAAUGAGAGGACAUUAAUUUGGAUAGCAAUAAAUUGGAACCGGUAUUAGAAUUGGAAAUGGAGGAUAAUUAAAGGGUCAAAAUCAAUUUGGAAAUCAUAAGGAUUAUGAUAAUUAUCAAGCAACUAAGCUAAACACUAAAUAAAAAAGACAAAUAAAAGCAAAUAAGAGCAUUUGCAGAAGAGGCGUGUAAGAGAUGAAUCCUUAUAUCAUGGUUCAAGAUGAUCAAGACACAGGAGCUUAGCUCUCUAAAAAUAUUCCGAAUCCUCCAUCAAGCAUUGAAUAUUCAAAGCUCGUAACAAGAUGGAUGAGAUGUGAGUAUUUCUACUCUUGGAUUGAUAGACCAUAUUAUCUUAGCAAUGAUUUUAAGUAACUCCUAACAAAAGCUGAACUUGAAAAUACUAAACUCAACUAAUUGGAAUGGUCAUUAGUGAGAAGAGCUUUAGCUAGCAGUCGUGGUAUAAAACCGAGAAGAUUUUCUGAUAGAUUCAUUCAGGAUGAAAAAUUAAAGAUAUAGAAUUAUAGAGAUAUCUUUAGAGAAAUAAUAAAAUCUAUGCAGCUUAAAACCUUUGUUCCUGAUCAAAACGGUGACUUAUCAAUGCUUCUCUUUGAUAAAAAACCUUAGUUUGAAGAAGAACGAGUAAAGGAAGUACUUCAGAUUAUUAAAGUGUAUUAAAUUGCUCCUUUAGUGGUUGGCUAGAGAGUUUUAGCUUUACAUCCUAAGGUUAAUGAGCUCAGAACUGCCUCAUUAUUGACUACUGAUGUUUAAUCUUAUCAUGCAUAGUUUGACAGGCCUGAACUCAAAGUUAUUAUAAUCACAGACUAAUAACUUAUACCUAUCUCUGAAAAUGUUAUCCACAGGGUUAGAGACAAUAAUUAAGGAUAGAUAGUAUCUUAAAGCAGCCUGUCUAAUCCAUUUUAACCUCCCAAUAUCUAAAUGGAUGAUGAAGAUGGAAAUUUCAUUCCUUUUGAGCACACUCAAUUCUCCAAGGACAAUAUCAAAGCAAUGGCCCUCCUAAUAAUUCUUUUUGAGAGGAAAAAUCGAUUGAUAAAUGAGAUCAGAGCCCUCAAUGACUAAUAUUUGAGAUUGCCAUCUUAUACUGAGGAUUUUAGAUAGAAAUAUGCUUGGACAGCUAUCCAACUUUAGGCUACAAACUCAAUUAUAGAGCCAGUUUUGACAAUGUUCAGAUAUAGACAGAUUAAGCCUGAAUUCCUAAGUCUCUACGAAGAUUAGAUGAAUGAAUAAGAUGAAAAGAUGACCAAUGAGGGUACCGAGGAAUUCGUUUCGGGCCAGGUUUUCAAAUAGGCAUAGACUUUGUAUGAUGCUGACUAUAUUGAGGUAAAAAAGAACUUUAACCCCAACUGCCAAGAUUUUGACAACUAAAUAUACGAGGGCUUAGACAAUAAAGAGGAAGAAGACGUUGAGAUGAAAAUAGAAGAUGAGUCCAUAACAGAAUAAAACCCAAGAGCUGAAUCUAUUAACUAUGAAAGAACUCCUUAAAUCGCACUUCAGACUUAGGAAAUGUACUCUACUUUGAAAUCUCUGCAAAACUAUUACAAAAUUAUUACGCCUUCUUUAGUGAUUAAUCAACAACAAGAAAAUGCAAACGACUAAUCAAAUGAUCAAUACAAAAGCUAAUCCAAUUACAAAAUAAAUCUAGAUUCAGUUGUGCUUGAAGAAAUUUUGGUAAACUGUAAAAAAGGAAAUGAGGAACAAAUAAAUGGUAACAUUGCUUCAAUUUUAGAGAAUUUAAUCCCUGGUGACUAAAAGUCGAUAGAAAUUUUGAAUAAAAUUGAUGUAGCUAUUGCAAAUUUUUAAUAAAAGUUGCAUGAAAAGGCUCAAGACAUCUUGCUCUAAUGA